CUUCAUCUUCUUCACCACCACCACACCAUCACUGUCCGUAAAAAAUAAAAAUUUUAAAAUAAAAAAAAUUUUCAAAUUUUUAUUAAUUCAAAAGUAAUCUCCAUUACCGUACUAAGUGGUUGCCAUUUGCCAUUUGCCAUUUGCUAUUUGCCAACACUCUCGCAGAUGGCGAUGGUAGCAGCGACGGCAGCAUCUUUAACGACGUCGUCGUUGACGCGUGUGUCGGUUAUGUGGACGGCGCGGACUUCCAAAACGACGACGUCGAAGGGAGAGCAGAAGCGGGGUUGGUCUAUUGGGGAUUUCGGGCAUUUGGCUUGGGUGGUUCGUAAAGACGUAGAGUUUCUGAAGAAGGGGAUUGGUAAAGGGAUUGAGUGGGCCAACGAUGCCCUUCGAAUCCCGCAGGUAACGAAAACCCUAGACGACGCUUUGUGGCUUCGGAAUUUGGAAGACCCUCAUGCUCCUCCUGAACCACCUCCUUCUUGGCCUCAGCCUUGUUAUCCAGAUCUAUCCGGAAUCGACCUUUUGAUGGCUGAUCUCAAAGCCAUGGAAGCAUAUGCUGCUUAUUUUUAUUAUCUGUCUAAGAUCUGGUCGAAGCCACUUCCUGAAGUCUAUGAUCCACAAAGUGUUUCCGACUAUUUUAAUUGCAGGCCUCAUGUGGUGGCACUUAGACUUCUAGAGGUACUGUCCUCCUUUGCCUCUGCUGCAAUCAGAAUUCGAACAUCAGCGAUCAGAAACUCCUUAACACAAAGUACUGAUAAGAAUGUUGAUGGGAACAUAUCACAAUAUGAUUUUGGAAUGGUGUUGAAAGAAACAAUGCUUAACCUAGGUCCCACUUUUAUUAAAGUUGGUCAGUCCCUUGCCACAAGGCCAGACAUUAUUGGUACUGAAAUUACCAAGGCAUUGUCUGAGCUGCAUGAUCAAAUUCCUCCUUUUCCCAGGGACGUAGCUAUGAAAAUUAUUGAGGAAGAAUUAGGAUAUCCUGUGGAAUCAUUGUUUAGUUGCAUUUCUGAGGAACCAGUAGCUGCUGCAUCUUUUGGUCAGGUAUACCGUGGGAAGACACUUGAUGGAUUUAAUGUUGCUGUUAAGGUUCAGCGGCCUAAAAUGCGCCAUGUGGUUGUGCGCGACAUAUAUAUUCUUCGCCUUGGGCUUGGGCUAUUACAAAAGAUAGCAAAAAGAAAAAAUGACCUGCGUUUAUAUGCUGAUGAGCUUGGGAAAGGUUUAGUUGGGGAAUUAGACUAUACUCUGGAAGCAGAAAAUGCUUCCAAAUUUCAGGAAGCUCAUUCUUCCUUUACAUUCCUGCGUGUGCCAAAAGUAUUUCACCAUUUAAGUCGAAAAAGAGUUCUGACAAUGGAAUGGAUGGCUGGUGAAAGUCCAACUGAUUUACUCUCUCUGUCUACUGGAAGCUCCGUUGAUUAUGGCUCUGCAUAUUCUGAAAGGAAGAGAUUUGAUGCAAAAAGGCGACUUCUUGAUCUGGUUAACAAAGGAGUGGAGGCGUCACUAGUCCAACUCCUUGAAACAGGCUUAUUGCAUGCUGAUCCACAUCCUGGAAAUCUGCGUUACACAUCCUCAGGAGAAAUAGGUUUUCUGGAUUUUGGUUUGCUUUGUCGAAUGGAAAAGAAACAUCAGUUUGCCAUGCUCGCAUCCAUAGUGCACAUAGUAAAUGGGGACUGGGAAUCUCUUGUCCGUGCUCUGACUGAAAUGGAUGUUGUAAGGCCAGGAACUAACAUUCUACGUGUUACAAUGGAUCUGGAAUCAUCUUUGGGAGAAGUAGAAUUCAGAGAUGGGAUUCCUGAUGUGAAGUUCAGCAGGGUAUUGGGUAAAAUCUGGUCUGUAGCCCUGAAGUAUCAUUUCCGCAUGCCACCAUACUAUACGCUUCUCCUGCGUUCUCUUGCUUCAUUGGAAGGUCUUGCAUUAGCUGCAGAUAAAAAUUUCAAGACGUUUGAAGCUGCAUACCCUUAUGUUUGUCGGAAGCUUCUUACUGAAAAUUCAGCCGAAACAAGAAAAAUUCUACAUUCGGUGGUCUUAAACAAAAAGAAGGAGUUCCGGUGGCAAAGGCUUUCUCUAUUCUUAAGAAUAGGUGCAACCAGGAAAGGCUUGCUCCAGUUAACAGCACCAAAGGGUGAGAAUUCCAUUGAUUACUUAACAAAUGGGACCAGUGGUGUAUAUGAUGUGGCAAACUUGAUCUUGAGGCUUCUUCUGUCCCAAGAUGGUGUUGUCCUGAGAAGACUCUUGAUGACUGCUGAUGGAGCCUCAUUGGUUAAAGCAGUGGUAUCCAAGGAGGCAAAAUUCUUCCGCCAGCAACUUUGUGGGGUUAUUGCUGACAUAUUAUGCCAAGGGAUUCUUAAAGCGUUUGGACAAGGUGUAAGAAGAACUCAAUAUAGUUCCCAUGUGAAGUUGGAAAGUGGGACUGACACCAGAGAUUUAGGUCCGUCUUCCAGAUUAUCGACACCAAUAUAUGAUUAUCAUUCCCUCUUAAGAGAUCGACGGCUCAAAGUAAUUUUCUCAAAUAUACUAAAUUCUGCUAGGAGAGAUCCAAUGUUAAUGCUGAGGUUCUUCUGGGUCUCUUUCAUCAUGUUUGUCACCGCAUCAGCUUUAGCUUGUCAUCGUGUUGUAGUAUCUUUAUCUGAAGCCUAUUUGGGCCCAAUAUCCAUUGCUCCCAAGCGAUAUGCAAUAGGAGCGUGAAGUUUCAGAUUGAAUGCUGGCGGUGCCCCAGUCGAAGGAGAUUGAACAAAGGCAUCGAGUGCAAGUUUUUCUUGACAGAACAUCCUAAUCUAGCUAAAUUUUUUAAGAGAAUGUAGAAUUUCCUGGGCAGAUUGAUACAGGAUCAGAUAAAGCUUCCGUUCUUGUACCCAGGAUUCAGGGCCAAAACCAAUUCUUCCUCAAAUAUUAUGUAACCUCAACUACUAGGCUGCAUCAACAUUAGCAAUCGAAAUAUGUUUGGGAAAAGGGUGGAUUGAAGGUAAGAAUUGGAAAGUUUUCAAAUGUAAAGAUAUAGAUGGCUAUGUGCACUCUCAACAUGUCUUACAUGUAUAGCUCUUUGCCUAUUAAAAAACUGUCAUAUUUCUGAAGAUA